AUGGAUCGCAGUUGGAUGAAAGCUAAUCGUUUGAGUGAAAAGUAUGAGAAAGGAGUGGAAGAGUUUUUACAAUAUUGUGAAAACCUUCCUAACAAUAACGGGAAGUUCCAUUGUCCUUGUGUUAAGUGUGGGAAUAGACUUCCAUUACUUUCAGUUGAAGAACUACGGAAUCAUCUAAUUUGUGAGGGCGUUUGCGAAACUUAUACCAAUUGGAUAUGGCAUGGUGAAUCGUCAAACAUCCCAGAUGUCUUGGAAAGAGAUGACAUGGACGUUGAGAUGGACAAUCAGAUGGAGGACAUGAUUUGCGAUAUUGGACAGGAGGAUUUUCAGCGUGCACAUGCACAUAACAAUUUACGCGCUAACAAUGAAUUAAUAUUGUACCCAGGGUGCAAGAACUUCACGCAGUUAUCUGCAGUGUUGAGAUUGUUCAACUUGAAGGCGAAAAAUGGAUGGACAGAUAAAAGUUUCACUGAACUUCUUGAGCUGUUGUGCGAAAUGCUCCCAAAAGGCAACACAUUACCGAAAUGUAACUAUGAUGCAAAGAAGAUAUUAUGUCCGAUGGGUAUGGAGUACAAGAAAAUACAUGCUUGUCCUAAUGACUGCAUAUUGUACCGAAACGAGUUUGAGGAUGAGAAGCAGUGCCCUACAUGUGGGCUAUCACGCUACAAAGUGAAGGAUGGUGAUGAUGAUGAAAGCUUAAAGCGUCCUCCUGCAAAGGUGUUAUCGUAUCUUCCAAUAAUUCCAAGGUUCAAAAGAUUAUUCGCUAAUGAAAAUGAUGCAAGGAAUCUUCGAUGGCAUGCAUGUGAUAGGGAAGAUGAUGGAAAAAUUCGUCAUCCAGCUGAUUCAUUGCAAUGGAAGAAAAUUGAUGAAUUGUAUUCGGAUUUCGGUAAAGAGGCAAGAAACCUUAGGCUUGGACUUGCUACAGAUGGAAUGAAUCCAUAUGGAAACUUAAGUAGUAACCAUAGUUCAUGGCCCGUUCUCCUAGUUAUCUACAAUUUAUCUCCUUCGAUAUGCAUGAAACGAAAAUACAUGAUGUUAUCUAUGAUGAUAUCGGGCCCAAAGCAGCCAGGAAAUGAUAUAGAUGUGUAUCUAAGUCCCUUGAUUGAAGACUUAAGAAUGCUUUGGGAAGAAGGUGUUGAUGUGUUUGAUGGCUAUUCUCGGCAGAAUUUCAAGAUGCGUGCAAUGUUAUUUUGCACUAUCAAUGACUUUCCUGCAUAUGGGAACUUGUGUGGUUAUAGUGUUAAAGGACAUAAAGGUUGCCCUAUAUGUGAAGAAGAAACAUGCUUCAAACAAUUAAAACAUGGAAAAAAGACUGUUUAUCUUGGGCAUCGAAAAUUUCUCAAACCUAAUCACCCAUAUCGCAAGUUGAGAAAAGCGUUUAAUGGAGAGCAAGAGUUUGAAACUGCUCCGCAAGCCCUAACUGGAGAGCAAGUUUAUCAACGAGUGAAGGAUAUCAAUGUUAAAUUUGGAAAGAAAGAAAAGAAAAAAAAACAAAAAACCACUGAGAAAAAGAUAUGGAAGAAGAGGUCUGUGUUCUUUGAUCUUCCCUACUGGAGCAGUCUAGAUGUUAGACAUUGUAUCGAUGUGAUGCAUGUGGAGAAAAAUGUGUGCGAUAGUGUAAUUGGAACACUUCUCAAUAUUCAUGGUAAAACAAAGGACAAUGUGAAUGCUCGUUUAGACAUGGUUGAGAUGGGCAUACGACAAGAGUUAGCUCCGCAUUCAGCAGAUAAUAAGAAGACAUAUUUGCCUCCGGCUUGUCAUACGUUGUCUAAACAAGAGAAAACAAGCUUUUGUGAGUGUCUACAUACAUUAAAAGUUCCACGAGGUUACUCUUCAAAUUUCAAUAGUCUUGUCUCAAUGGAAGAUUUAAAAUUAAUUGGCACGAAGUCUCAUGAUUGUCACGUAUUGAUGCAACAACUACUACCGGUGGCUAUUCGUGGCAUAUUGCCUAAAAAGGUCAGAGCUAUCUUAACUAGGUUGUGCAUAUUCUUCAAUGUUAUAUGCAGUAAAGUAAUUGAUCUUCGAAAAUUAGAGGAGUUGGAAAAUGAAGCUGCUAUAAUCUUAUGCCAUUUAGAGAUGUAUUUUCCUCCGUCUUUUUUUGAUAUCAUGGUUCACUUAAUUGUUCAUCUAGUGAGAGAGAUUAGAUUAUGCGGUCCUGUUUAUUUGAGGUGGAUGUAUCCAGUUGAGCGAUACAUGAAGAUCUUAAAAGGGUAUGUGAAGAAUCAACAUCAUCCCGAAGCAUCUAUUGUUGAAAGAUACAUCGCAGAAGAAGCUGUUGAGUUUUGUAAUACUAACUAUAUGCCAGAAGAGGAAGCGAUAGGAAUUCCCAAGCCUCAAUACGAUGGAAGAUGUGGAGGUAUACAAGGUUUAAAACUUAAGAGUUUGGACUCAGUGGAAGUACUUCAAGCACAUUUGUAUAUUUUGAAUAAUAUUGAUGAAGUUCAACCUUACAUUUCUACUCACAAAAGGAUUGUCAAGGAAAAAAAUUCUCGAAUGAAUGAAAAAUGGGUGUUAAAAGAGCAUAACAAGACUUUCUUGAAGUGGUUUAAAGAAACUAUUUCAAAUGACAAUACGUGUUCUGAAAAUUUAAAAUGUCUAGCACGAAAACCUCAGUCUGAUGCCAUAAGUUGGACCAUCUACAACGUGAAUAAUUUUACAUUCUAUACAAGGACCAAGGAUGACAAGAGUACGGUUCAAAAUAGUGGGGUUAUGGUUGUAGCCGAGUCUAUGCACUUCUCAAGUUCAAAAGAUAAAAAUCCUAUCAUGGCAUCAAUACCUUACUACGGGAUCAUUGAAGAAAUGUGGGAUAUUGAUUUCGUUACACUUAAAGUUCCUAUUUUCAAAUGUAAAUGGAUUGACAUAAACAACGGUGUCAAAAUAGAUGAAUUUGGUUAUACAUUGGUGGACCUUGGUAAGAUAGCUUAUACGAACGAGCCUUUCAUUAUGGCAUCUCAAGCAAAACAAGUGUUUUAUGUUUCUGAUCCUUCUAACAAAAAGUGGUCAGUGGUUCUCCAAGGUAAAAUCAGUCACGAACCUAACAAUGACAAUCUGCAUUCAACGCUAUAUACUUAUGAGACUCCUUUCACACAACGACAAUCUACUUCAAUGGAGGAAACUUUAGUGGACGAUGUGUAUGCCACUCGUGAUGAUCAUCGCGAAGGGAUAUGGGAAAAUAUUCAAUCAAAUCAAUCUUAG